AUGGACUCGGAAAGGUCGCAGAAACCAGUCAAAAUUCCCGAUGACUUGAAGGAAAGGUUGUCUAUCGACCAUUUCGAUUUGAACGCUUUUCUGCGAGGAGCACAAUUGACUAUCGUGGGAGCUCUGAGGGCUCUGCAGAAUCCCCAAUUGUUUACUUCCGAACACUACAAGCAGGUGGCUCUAGCUGUCUUAGCAGGUGUCGUAAUUCGACUAGCCAUAGAGAUCCCCGUACGCUUUCUCGCCAUCCUGUUCAUGAUGAGCCUUGCUUUCGUUGACGAAACCUAUUACGAGAAACACAAAGGAGAAGAUCGUUCCACAUUACGAGAUGAAUAUUAUCCAAACCUGCGACAAUAUCCUAAGAGAGAUGGUACUACACACAAAACAAGCACAGCGGAGAACUCGUCCAUGUUUUUAAUGAGGUUCGGCAAGAAGGCGGGACUAUCUUUGGCAGUUUAUGCUCUCUCUUAUGUUCCGAUACUUGGACGUUUCGUACUCCCGGCUGCCAGUUUUUACACGUUCAAUAAAGCCGCGGGUCUUGGUCCUGGCCUUGUAGUGUUUGGCACAGGUAUCUUUUUGCCUCGCAAAUACCUAGUAAUAUUUCUUCAAACUUACUUCUCCUCACGCAGUUUGAUGCGUGAAUUGCUUGAGCCAUACUUCGCUCGUAUCUACUUCACCAAAGAGCAAAAGAAAAAUUGGUUUCAUGAUCGAGAGGGGCUUUUGUUCGGAUUUGGUGUCGGGUUCUACAUACUGCUCCGAAUCCCUCUCCUCGGUGUACUUGUCUAUGGCAUUGCAGAAGCAUCAACAGCAUAUCUUAUUACCAAAAUUACCGACCCACCUCCACCUGUUAGACAAGAGGGUAACUUUGCUGCUAACCAACAAAAAUGGAAGAACAAGCAUGAAUUCUUGAACCUCAAACUCGACCAACUCGAUGCUCUGAGUACGUCCAGUAGUAAGGGGUUCUUAAAGAGUGAUUCAAGCGAAAAAGCUUCUUCAUCAGCCACAGAAGCACCUCCACCAUAUAACGAACUGAGAUCAAGGUGA